AUGCCAAAAUCCUCCUCGAUCAGGUCUUCCUCGGUCCCCUCCUUGACCGACGUUGAAUUAAAUACGAUUUACUUUGAUCCAAACGAUCGGAGAUAUCGAUGUUGUUGUCAGCAGUUCCAUUCAACUGUAGGUUCGACAACUUUUUCCUAAAAAAUAUUGAUUGGUAUCAAGAAUAAUAUAAAAAUUUCAAGAAUUAAAAAGAUGUUCAUGAAUUUCAGGUGGGAGUUAAAAUAAUCGCUGCAUUAUUGUGCGUGACAGUCCUUCUGGAGGUGUGGAGUUUGAUCUUCUACUUGGGAUCGACCGAUGAAAAGAAUAGUAACGUCAUCAUUUCCUCCGGAUUUCAGAUAUUAGUGGGUGCUGCAAUAUCGGCAUCAGUCUUGUACGCACUCAAAAGUGAGAACGCAGCCUUCUUAUCGCCUUAUCUUCUCUUACAAGUAAGUUCUGACCAUUUCUUAUAUUACACUUGGUUAGUCUAAUCUAAUCUGAUGUAAAAUAAUAUAAAAAGAUGUAAUUUAUGCUCGAAUAGGAUGUAAAAACUGCAUAAAUCUUGUUUUAUGAGCUAUUAAUUUGCAAUUUAUUCCUUAUUUUUUGCAGACUGUUGGAUUAGCCGCUGGAUUUGUAAUCUUCUUCGCAUUGAUUUACAUAACGGCAGCGAAUGAUCUGAACACAAUCAAGACGUUUAUCGAGUCACACGGGCCCAAACUCGAGAACGACAGUUAUCUCAGUAAGCUUUAGAUUCAUUUGUUCCGGAUAUCCGGGAUCAGACCAUGUAUAACAUAAUAAUUUAGUUUAUAUGGGCUGGACAAUGGUCGGAUCGUGUGUGGCUGUCCUCGGCCUUCAACUAUGGCUCAUCAGUAUUGUUUUCGCUUGUUGGAGAUAUUAUCGGUGAGUACGAUCGGCAUCAGAGAAUGCAAUUUCGAUCCCUAAUCACCAGCGUUAAUGUUUUUAGUGACAAACGGGAAUAUGGCUAUUCCAAAGGACACACGUCAUCAUUGGUUGUUCUACGACCAGUCCCCGAUACCUCAGGUAAUACACAAAAAAAAUUUAAGCGCUGAAAUCCGCACAUAUAUCCAUAUUUAUACUAGAAUUGGUGUCAAAUCAAUUUCAGAUCAAGAUAACAUCGAGUUCAAUGGCUACACCGUCCUCACAAGUGCAGAAUAA